GGUAAAGGACAAUGAUCCACAUAUCCGAAACGUUUUGUAGUUAGGCAAAACAAAGACCACGGAAAUUUGAACUGUUUUAAAUUUAAGAUCCAACUUAACUACCAAUUUAGUAUUUAUAGAUCUUGAAAAGGCAUAUGACAGGGUACCCUUAAAGAAAAUGUUUGAAGUAUUAAUGACAACCGGACUCAACAAUGUAUAUGUGUGUAUAUAUGAACCGUUUUUCAGUGAACAAAGGAUUAAAACAAGGCUGUAGCAUGUCCUCUACUCUAUUCAAAAUAUAUAUUCAGGAAGCCCAAAGAGAGUGGAGGGAAAAAAUAGCAAACGAUCAAGUGAUGAUAGCUUGCGAUGAAGACGACGCAGAUUACAUGCUGAGAAAUGUGAAAGAACACUAUGAGAAUUGGGGACUGAAUAUGCAGAAGACUGAAUAUAUGAAAGUAGGAGGAAAACACGAAGAUGAAGAUCCUGAACUAUAUGUUAGAAAAAUAAAAAGAGCUACAAAUUAUAAGUACUUAGGAAGCGUCAUAACGGAAGAAGGUAAUUCAAAAACAGACAUUCAAAAUGGAGCUCAGCAGGGAAGAAGAGCAACUCAAGCGCUUAAUUCCUUGUUGUGGUCCACCGGUAUUAAAAUAGGUACGAAAAUUAGAAUAUAUGAAGCAGUUGUGGAACCCAUCUUAACGUACGGCGCAGAAUGCUGGCAAAUGACGAAGAACGAGAAGAAAGUUAUCGACUCAGUACAAAUAGAUUUCUUGAGAAGAGCACGCCAAGUGUCGAGAGUAAAACACGUCAGGAAUGAAGAAAUACGAAGAAGAACAGGGAGAAUACAUACCAGCACUGACCGAAUAGAAACUAGACAACUUAUAUGGUAUGGGCACGUACAGAGAAUGAACGAUGAGAGAUGGCCAAAAAGAGCACUAAAAUAUACCCCCAAAAACAGAAGGAAAAAAGGAAGACCUAUGACCUCAUGGAACGAUGGUAUAAGAAAUAUAAUGAAGGAUAGAGCAAUUAAAGAAGAUGAGUGGAGGAAUAAAGAGAAAUGGCGGUCGAAAUGUGGGAUGUGGCAGCAACCCCACUCUACAACUUGCAUGGGCAAUCAAAGUAAACACACGAAGGCAAAACCACCCAAGACUAACCUGACGAGAAGUGAAGGACUGGCACUGCGUAGCCUGAACACGGAUGAGGAUAUCAUCAUACUCCCAGCGGACAAAGGAAACGCAACCGUUCUUCUGAAGACCGAGGAGUACGAUAGGAAGAUUGAGGAACUCUUGGACCCGGGAAGCUACAAACCCCUGAAAAAGGAUCCGACGCAAGUUAGACUACGUCUUACCAACCGGCUCAUCAAGUCAUCAUCACUGUCAGAACAAAUCAAGAAGCGCAUUGUGAGGACGGAGACUGUUCCACCAAGGCUCUAG